AUGAGUUCCACAACUUCGAGUAUCACAACCAAUGACAACUUCUUCAAGGCGUUUGGCACCGGAUCUACCAACAAACGUCUGGUCGACAGCCAGCAGAUCGCAAAGCCAUUGCAGGACCAGUCAAUCGAUCGUAUCAAAACCGAGAAUGCCUCGUUCUAUAGCGUCGACCCUUCAACCAACCCAUCUGCAUUCCAAGACCCUUUCCUCACGGCUGAUACAUCCGAAUUGCCCACUUGGGCGCGCGAAUUCAACCCACAGCAACCUCUAUCCCCAAUCAGUUCCGAUACCAUGUCUCCUAAGAAUUGGUCGUUCGAUUAUCAGAGCAACGUUCCUCCAAACCCCUUGAUCAACUUGCAAUCCGACCUAUCCUUCCGAACACAGUAUGGCCAAGUGACUCCACCCGAUAUUGAUGAUGACGGUAUCUUCGACCGUCAACUGCAAGAGCAGCUAAAACAGCAAGAGCAAGGAUCAAAAAAGUCGACUUCGUCCAAGGAGAGCCAGCUGUCCACAAGUUCUGCGUCAGGGAAUGCGCCAACAACACCUGCCGUACCAAAGCGUACUCGCAAAUAUACUUCUCGCAACUCCAAGCAGUCGCCUCCAGAUCCCAAUAAUCCUGGUGAAGUUCGCCGAUCCAAAUUCUUGGAGCGAAACCGAAUUGCUGCCUCUAAAUGCCGUCAGAAGAAGAAGGAAUGGACCCAGAAUCUAGAAACUCGUGCGAGAGAUUUACAGAAGGAUAAUAGUGACUUGCACACCAUGAUUGACUCACUCAGCCAGGAGGUUUUCUACCUUAAAACCCAGUGUGGUCAACAUAUUGGCUGUGAUUGCUCGGAGAUUCAACGAUUCAUGAAAGAUCCUGCGCACGACUUGUCUUCACAUCAUCAGCAGUCUUGGUCUAGACAUAGCCCUGUGAAAUCAUUUGAUGGGCAUAGUCGAGCUGGCAGUAUUGAUACAAGUGACUCGUCGGAUCCAUUAUCGGCCCUCACGGAACAUGACAAGCAGUUGGCAAACGACGACCACGCCCUGGAGGCGUUGCUCAAGUGCACCAUUGACCACGAUACAAGCGAGGAAGGGAUCGCAGAGCGCGUGAUAAUCUGA